ACCUGCCCCCUGCUUUGAAUUUUUGAAUGUGUCCAUUUGGCUUAUUGUUUUCAUAACGUUACUGCGAUUACAGCCAAGUUAGUUACUAAGUUUACACCUUUUACAUAACCAAGUGAUGUGAUAGCCUUUAAAAGGGCAUUAAAAGUGGCCAGAGUUUUCCAGUAUUCGGUUGGAAAGCAUUUCGAUUUACCUGACUUAGUUGUACGCCGAUACAGGUGCAUCCACAGGUGAAAAAGAGCCCCCAAAAAUGGAGCAGUGGAACAAUGUGGAGCUGACGAACAUGUCCAAAAAGUCAUACACCCUGAAUCAUGCCUACGACGGAGCCGAGAAGCUAAACAAGGAGAACGACCAGGCAUCCUCCAAUGGCAACGACACAACUUCAGACCCACAGCCCGGCGACAGGGAUCUCCUGCAGCCAGGAUCGGAUGUCCGUCCGAAGGUGGAGUCCGACGACGUAGAGAGCCUGCUGCGACGACUGUACGGGAUCACAAUCAGCGAAGUGAAGGAAAUCAUCGCCUACGACGACCGAAACUUCUUCGUCAAGGAGGAUAGCAAUGUAAAAAAUCCACUGAUAGUAACGCACUGCCAAAAUGGCUACGUUUUGAAGAUCCUUAACUCCUUGGACUCCAAAAAGGAGAACUUUGUGGAUGCACAGAAUCAACUGCUGCUGUUUUUGGGAAAACACAGUGUCAAGUGCCCUAGGCCGAUUCCAAAUGCCAGUGGAAAGUAUUAUUCUGUGGAGCGGCUCAACGGAAACUCAAACGUUGUGCGCCUUCUCGAGUUUAUUCCCGGGGAGAUCUUCCACCAGGUACCGGCGACGAAGCACCUACUCUUCCGCAGCGGGGAGUACUUGGCUAGGUUGGACCGGGCUCUGAAGAAUUUCACCCACGAGGCCUACGAAACCCACAAAACGCUAUGGAUGCUGCAGAGCGUCCCGGAACUAAGGCAAUUCCUGUAUGUGGUGAAGGAUCAGGAGCGCCGAUUGAUAUGCGAAGAGGUCAUCGAUCUGUUUGAGUCAAAGAUAUUGAGUUUGCUUCCCACCCUUGAGCACCAGAUCAUUCAUGGCGACUAUAACGAGCAGAAUAUAAUUGUAGAGAAGGCGGCAAACCAAAGUGAUUACCACGUUACAGGGGUGAUCGAUUUCGGAGACACAAGCAAAUCUCCGUUGCUCUUCGAGGUUGGAAUUGCCCUCACCUAUAUGAUGCUGCAGGCCAACGACCUGGCCACCGGUGGAGUCUUUCUCGCAGGCUACAACAGUAUAAACCCCAUAAGCAGCUCGGACUUGGGACACCUUAAAUACUGCGUGGCGGCCCGCCUGGUUCAGAGUCUGGUGAUGGGUCUCUACACCCACACCCUGCAUCCCACCAAUGACUAUCUGUUGGUCACCCAGGAACAAGGAUGGACCCUGCUGCAGACGCUCUGGCGCGACAGCCUGACGGAAGUGGAUGAACUGUGGGCCACCACAGGACAUCAGUACUUGACGCAAAGCAAUAAGUAGAUUUUAAAGUGUGUACACGAAAUUUUGAUAAAUGUUUUAAAAAUCACAAGGUAUCCCGGCAGAGGGCUGCAAGACAGAUUCUGUAACCAAUUGUCAAUUAUUAGAAUUUCACCAACAUAUCACCUUUGCACCAAAAAUGUGCAGGUCAAAGUAUUGAUUGCAUUUUUUGCUUUAAAUAUUACUUUAUCCAGUAUAUUAUUAUCAUAUUCUUUACAAUAAAACUUGUUAAACAAAUACAAA